AUGAAAUUAGCAUCUUGGACAGCUAGUUUACUGGCUGUGGGCCCGCUGCUAGCGCAGGCUGAUCUAGAGCAGCCUUCGUUGCAAGAAACCACAAACUUCUGUAAAAUGGACAAAGAUUCACUGGUGGGCUCGAGCUGCGACGUUACUUUUACGGAAAUCAACGACAUCAACCACAAAAUACGGCAUGAUUUGCUGUCACUGGUGCACAGCGAUUUUUUCAAAUACUUUAAACUCAACCUAUACAAGCAGUGUCCCUUUUGGAGUGACAGUAACGGUUACUGUGUAAAUCGGGCAUGUGCGGUAGAUGUUAUUGAGGAUUGGGAUCAAUUGCCCGAAUAUUGGCAGCCAGAAAUCCUGGGUGGAUUUGCGAAUGAAAGUGUUAGUGCCGAUAAGGCACGCGAUGAUGAAUGCGCUUUUUUGGACCAGCUGUGCGAUAAGUCGUUCGCCCAAAAAGGCCAAAAGGGCCCAGAUAUCGAAUACUGCGAUGUGGAAGAUUUCGAUCACGACGAAUCGGUCCUGGUGGAUCUCACAGCGAAUCCCGAGCGGUUCACCGGUUACGGUGGCGAGCAAUCGUCACAGAUUUGGUCCAGCGUGUACCGCGAAAACUGCUUUUCAAUGAAUGAGACGGGCCAAUCUUUGGCGAAAGACGCAUUUUAUAGAUUGGUAUCUGGACUGCACGCCUCGAUCGGAACUCAUCUUUCUAAUGACCAUUUAAACACCGAGACCGGAAAAUGGGGGCCUAAUCUUGAGCUGUUCAUGCUUCGUGUAGGCAACUUUCCUGACAGGGUGGCAAACAUUUAUUUCAACUAUGCUGUGGUAGCUAAAGCUCUUUGGAAAAUCCAACCAUAUCUUUCGCAUCUCGGGUUCUGUAACGCAUAUCAUGAAGAUGUGAAGUCCAUGAUCACCAGUGUUGUCUCGAACCUCGACUCCAAGAUUUUCAAUGAAGAUCUUCUCUUCCAUGACGACAUCAGCUCUAAGCUGAAGGACGAUUUCAGAUCGAGAUUUAAGAAUGUAACCAAGAUCAUGGACUGUGUGCACUGUGACAGAUGUAGGCUCUGGGGUAAAGUGCAGACGACAGGUUAUGCAACGAGUUUGAAAAUUUUGUUUGAAAUCGAUUCUGAUGACGAAGACGUUAAGCAAACCAUUGUUGACAAGUUGACGAAAUACGAGCUAAUCGCUCUUUUCAACACCUUCGACAGAUUGUCAAAGAGUAUCGAAUCUAUCAACAACUUCGAAAAAAUGUACAACGACAGUUUGUUGACCGCCAGCGAUAGAAUAUUAGCGCUUUUCAAGGGAAACAACUUUUUCAAACUUCUCAGUAAUGCGGGAAAAAGUUUGAGUUCCUCAUUGAAGGACAGGUCAAAUGAAUCGCUGACGUUAGAAAAUCAAACUGAGAAACUAAGCUCAAAAAUAAUUGAUUCGAAGAAGCUUGACGUCGAAUCCAUCGGAAAUGUCACGGACGAGAUCAAGACAGCGCUGGGAAAUACCGUUUCCGAAGUUACUGACAUUGGUGGCGUCAACAUUUCAAACUCAGAUUUUAUCGAGCAUGAAAACGUUACAGAAGAAAGCCUUGUUCGUGACGGAGAAUCGGAGGAUGAAGUGAACGAAACCAAUAUCACUGAGGUUUUGGAAAAGAAGGGCGCAUCCGAAAGAUUCGAAGAUGUGAUCAUGCCACCAAAGAAAACAGUUGUGAAAAAUCAAGAAGAAGUGACUGGAAACAGCUGGAGUAAUGCUUGGACGACUGAGAUAGGAAACGUAAAGGAGGCGCUACGGUUCAUCUUUACCAGUUACGUCGACCUACCUAGAAACAUAGCCAAAAUGGCUCUCUACAAGUUGAACAACUUGUGGAACUCUUUUGUCGGAGUUCCUAGUUACGUGAAUGACGUUGAUCCGCAGGAACCUGCUUAUAAGCUAAGCAUUCAGUAA